UCUUUUCAUUUUUCCUUUUAUUAUUAUUAAUUUUCGCCCCCAUUUCAUUUCUCUUUCUAAAAUUUGCCCAGCUUCCUUCUCUCGCUGUCUCUUCUAUCUGGGUUCCCGGCGAGACUGCAGGAAGUAGAAGAGUAGAAGAAAUAAUUUUCUCUGCUUCUACGGAAACUCUUCUCCUUUUCUUUAUUUUUUUUUUAUUUUAAUUUUUUUCCUCUCUAUUUUUUUUUUAAUCUAAUUUCUUGAUCGAGACCAAACCUCGUCUCGAUUCUCCAAAUAUUCAUCUUCUCUCUCUCUCGCAAAACAAAUACUAAUCAUCGUUCGAUGACCUCGCUUUAGCGUACUUUGUUUCGAGAAAGUGCGUAAUGGAGCAACAAUCUAAAGAUUCUCUAUCAGGCCCACCUAAAAACUUAUUAGUUACUGUUCCCCGAAAAGUGGGAAGUAGUGCAUGGGGAAUUCCUCGCAGAUCUGACUCUUUUCACACUUCAUCUGAUGUUAGCUUGUUUUCCAGUUCGUUGCCAGUCCUACCACAUGAGAAAUUGGAUUUUGAUUCUGAGCCUUGUCAAUCUGAUGGUGCUGACUUAUCCAAUGAACUUGACCCCAAAACUGACAUCAAGGAUCCUCUUGGAGAGGUAGAAAUAGAUGCAAUAGGCAACCUGCUUCCUGAUGAUGAUGAGCUUUUCAGUGGUUUAAUGGAUGAUUUUGACUUAAGUGGAUUGCCCAGUCAAUUAGAGGAUUUGGAAGACUAUGACCUAUUUGGCAGUGGAGGGGGAAUGGAACUAGAUUUUGAUCCUCAAGAAAACCCGAGUAUGGGUAUGUCAAAAUUGAACCUGUCUGACAAUGUUACUGGAAGCAUGGUUAGUCAUUAUGCUCUGCCAAAUGGUGUGGGAACGGUGGCUGGAGAGCAUCCGUAUGGGGAACAUCCAUCAAGGACAUUGUUUGUAAGGAAUAUCAAUAGUAAUGUCGAGGAUGCUGAGCUAAGAGCCCUCUUUGAGCAAUAUGGAGAUAUAAGAACUUUAUAUACUGCAUGCAAGCAUAGAGGUUUUGUGAUGAUAUCUUACUAUGACAUUCGAGCGGCUCGCACAGCAAUGCGUGCGCUGCAAAACAAGCCUUUGAGACGACGGAAACUUGACAUUCACUUUUCAAUACCAAAGGAUAAUCCUUCAGAAAAGGAUAUUAACCAGGGAACUCUUGUUGUAUUCAAUCUGGAUGCCUCAGUUUCAAAUGAUGACCUUCGUCGAAUAUUUGGGGCUUACGGAGAAGUAAAGGAGAUCAGGGAGACACCACACAAGCGGCAUCAUAAGUUCAUAGAAUUUUAUGACGUUCGAGCAGCAGAGGCUGCUCUAAGGGCAUUAAAUAGGAGUGAUAUAGCAGGCAAGCGAAUAAAGCUUGAACCAAGCCGUCCUGGAGGGGCACGUAGGAAUUUAAUGCAGCAACUAAGUCAAGAGCUGGAGCAAGAUGACGCACGAACUUUUCGUCAUCAGGUUGUUUCGCCAGUGACCAAUUCACCUCCAGGUAACUGGUCACAUAUUGGCAGUCCUGUGGAACAUAAUUCUUUUAGCAAGUCCCCUGGUUUGGGAAGCCUGAGCCCCAUAAACAGCAGUCAUUUGUCUGGCUUGGCUUCAAUUCUUCCUCCCAAUCUGUCAAACUCUCCAAGAAUAGCACCAAUUGGAAAGGACCAAGGAAGGGCCAGUCAUGCCAACCAAGUGCUUACCAAUUCCACAUUGAUGCAAGGAACACCCUACCAUCAUCAUCAAUCCUUUCCUGACAACAAAUUUAGCUCAAAUGGUGGAUCUUCAUCUUCUGUUGCUGACUUGAAUUCCAAUUCAUCCAGUAUUGGGACAUUAUCUGGUCCUCAGUUCCUAUGGGGAAGCCCAACCCCCUAUGCUGAACGUUCCAAUUCUUCAGCUUGGCCGACACAAUCUGCGGGACAGCCAUUUACUUCUAAUGGGCAAGGACAAGGUUUUCCAUAUGUUAGACACCAUGGUUCUUUGCUUGGUUCUCAUCACCAUCACGUGGGAUCUGCUCCAUCUGGUGUUCCUCUUGAUAGGCCUUUUGGUUAUUUCCCAGAGUCACCAGAAACAUCCUUCAUGAGUCCAGGUGCACUAGGGAGCACAAGUUUAAGUCGCCACAAUGGUAAUUUUAUGAACUUGAGUACACGAGCAGCUAUGACUGGUGGCCUUGGUCUUCCCACGAAUAUGGUUGAAAAUGGCUCUCCCAACUUUAGAAUGAUGUCUUUGCCCAGGCAAGGCCCUAUUUACUAUGGUAAUGGCUCUUUUCCUGGGUCUGGUGUUGUGAGCACUGAUGGAUUGCUGGAACGUGGUCGUAGUAGGCGAGUUGAGAAUGUCGGGAACCAAAUUGAGAGCAAGAAGCAGUAUCAACUUGAUUUAGAAAAAAUUGUUAGUGGGGAAGAUACUAGGACCACACUAAUGAUAAAAAACAUCCCCAAUAAGUACACGUCAAAGAUGCUUUUGGCUGCUAUUGAUGAAAAUCACCGCGGUGCUUAUGAUUUUCUAUACUUGCCCAUUGAUUUCAAGAAUAAGUGCAAUGUCGGUUAUGCCUUCAUCAAUAUGGUGUCACCCUCACAAAUCAUUCCCUUCUAUGAGGCAUUCAAUGGUAAGAAGUGGGAAAAGUUCAAUAGUGAGAAGGUUGCUUCACUAGCUUAUGCUCGAAUUCAGGGCAAGACUGCUCUAGUGACACACUUUCAGAACUCGAGCCUAAUGAAUGAGGACAAGCGAUGUCGGCCCAUUCUCUUUCGAUCUGAAGGCCAAGAGAUUGGUGAUCAGGAUAUUCUCCUCUCCAGCAACUUGAACAUAUGCAUUCGUCAACCAGAUGGAUCAUACUCAGGGGACUCAUUGGACAGCCCAAAGGGCCACCCAGAUGAAAAACCAGAAACUUAACUUAUGUUGGUUCAUUUUCUAAGCCUUAAGAUUAAAGAAGGCUGGGAAAGCUAACUGUUGGAUAGGUAUUAAUAUGGUAAAACUAAGUGAGAACUGAGAGGGUAUUUGUGAUUGAUGAUUACUUGAUGAUUAUUUUUCAUGAAGGGUAUUGCAGACAAGGAGGCAGAGAGCAUUCUUUUUUGUUGUAGGUAGAGGAACAUAUUGUAAUUUAACCAAUGGUAAAUAAGGAGAAUCACAUGGCUACUGCCCUAAGUCUCUCUGCGGCAUCGUGCGUUGCUUCCAGCUUGUUUGUCACCAUCUCUUCUGUGGAGUCUAUAUUAGAGGAGUUUGCAUUGUCUUUGUUCAUAGGGGCUUUUCAAGUCCAUUUGCAAAUAUGAGUUGUUCCUGUUAAUAUUGGUAAUUUCUGUGGGUCAUAGGGUUUAGGUUCUGUCCAAGAAGUGUACAGAUGGGGAGGCCGCCAGGAUGUUCUUCCCUAUGUUAAGUUGUUGAUAUCAUGUAGUCAUCAGAAUUGGUGUUGCAUCAAAUUAAAUUAUUGUAAAUUCAUAUUCUUGUCUCUCUUUUGGAUCCUUGAAUAAUCAGAAUUGUACUUAAACUUGCACAUUUGAAAGAAGCUUCUCUCGCUGUCUCUUUGUGUGGAUUGUAA